AUGCUUCUUGCCCAGAGCUGCCGGCGGGAAACGACCACUGCCCUGGAAGUCGCUGUGCCGGCGCCGCAAGCUCUUCUCUCCGACGCAGUGCAAGAGCUGAAAGCUUGGUUCUUCUCCCAUGGCCGCGCCUCCUUCAAGCGGCUCAAACACGCCCACGCCCGCAUCGUCCGCCUCCGCCUCGAGCAGGACUGCUACCUCCUGAACCUGCUCUUGAAGUCUCUGUUCGAAUCCGGGAACUUCCGCCAUGCCCGCCUCCUGUUCGACCGCAUUCCGUCUCCAAACAUCUACCUGUGGAACACGGCGGUGCGAGGACUCGUCUCGGCGGACCAGUGGGAGGAGGCCCUCCGGCUCUACUCCCUCAUGCGCCGGGAAGGUAUGUGCCCCAAUAAUUUCACCUUCCCCUUCGUCUUGAAAGCCUGCGCCAGGAUUCUCGAGCUUCAAUUAGGGCAGAAAGUCCACGCUCACCUCUGCAAGUGCGGGCUCGAGCGGGACGUCUUCGUGAAGACGAGCUUGCUCUGCUUGUACGCCAAGUGCGGCCAUUUAAACCAUGCUCAGGCACUGUUCGAUGAAAUGCCCGAACCGAGCGUCAUCUCCUGGACGGCGAUCAUCACGGGUUACAUGGAGGAAGGGAAGCUGGAGGAAGCCCUCGGAUUGUUCAAAAGAAUGCUGCAGGUGGGCUUGGAGCCGGACAGCUUCACGCUCGUCAGAGUUCUCUGCAUUUGCUCCCAACUGGGGGAUUCACAGGCCGGAGAACGGAUUCACAGAUACAUACAAGAGAAGGCCAUGCACUGCAACGUCUUCGUGGCAACCUCCUUGGUCGACAUGUACGCUAAAUGCGGAGACAUGGAGAGAGCCCGCCAAGUGUUCGAGCAAAUGCCUGAAAGAGACGUGGUCACCUGGAGCACGAUGGUGGCGGGCUACUCCUCGAACGGGUUCCCGAGGGUCGCUGUGGAGAUGUUCUUCCGGAUGCAGGAGGAGAAGGUAGAGCCCGAUUGCUUCACCAUGGUGGGGCUCCUCUCCGCCUGUGCCAAGCUGGGGGCACUGCAACUGGGCCACUCCGCCAGCGGUCUCCUCGACCGGCGGCUGUUCCUCUGCAACCCCGUCCUCGGCACGGCGCUGAUCGAUAUGUACGCCAAAUGCGGCGACGUGGGCACGGCCUGGGCCGUCUUCCGCGCCAUGGAGAGCAGAGACCUCAUCUCCUGGAACGCCAUGAUCUCCGGCCUCGCCAUGAAUGGCCUCACGAAGGUCUCUUUCAGCCUGUUCGCCCAGCUCGAGAAGUCGGGUCUUCGCCCCGACGGGAACACAUUCAUCGGCCUCCUCUGCAGCUGCACCCACGCCGGCAUGGUCGAGGAAGGUCGUCGCUACUUCCACAGCAUGGCCAGCAUCUACUCCCUGGUUCCCAAGGUGGAGCACUACGGCUGCAUGGUGGAUCUCCUGGGCAGGAGCGGCCUCCUCGGCGAUGCCCGUCGCCUGAUCCAGCAGAUGCCCGUGGAAGCCAACGCCGUCGUGUGGGGAGCUCUGCUGAGCAGCUGCAGGAUCCACCGAGACGCUCGCAUGGCGGAGGACGCGCUGAAGCGGCUCAUCGAGCUCGAGCCGAGGAACUCCGGGAACUACGUCCUCCUCAGCAACCUUUACGCGAGCAGCGGCAGAUGGCGCGAGGCGGCAACGCUGCGGCGGACCAUGCAGCAGAAGGGGAUCGAGAAAGUGCCCGGUUGCAGCUGGGUCGAGUUCGCCGGCACCGUCCACGAGUUCCGAGCUGGGGAUAGGUCUCAUCCUCUCCAGGAGGAGAUCUACGCCAAGCUCGAGGAGCUGGGGAAGGAGAUGAAGGCGAUGGGCUACAUGCCGACGACAGAGGUCGUCAUGUUCGACGUGGAGGAGGAGGAGAAGGAGGCCGCUCUCGGGCACCACAGCGAGAAGCUCGCCAUUGCAUUUGGGCUGAUCAGCGCGGCCCCAGGAGACGCUAUCCGGGUCGUGAAGAACCUCCGCGUGUGCGCCGACUGCCACGCCGCCAUCAAGCUCAUCUCGAAGAUCUCUGCCCGGGAGAUCGUUGUCAGGGACAACAACCGGUUCCACUGCUUCAGAGAUGGGUCCUGUUCUUGUAGAGAUUUUUGGUAG